AUGGCCACAGAGCAGGUGAGGGGGCAGCAUGGCCCAGACCCUGCCCCCAGCCCCCAGAAGCCGCCUGUGGGGGUCGUGGCUCCCAGGAGCAGCACUGAGGGGCACCCCGUGGCCAGGAGGAGGAGCACGAGGGAGAGGGGCCUCCGAGGGUCCUGGGGAGGCGCUGACAGCUCUGGGAAGCAGGCCCCCCUCCAGGGCGCUGAAGAGCCAGCCCCUGUAGCCCCGCGGGCAGCCUCUCGGCGCCUGUCCCACCGGCACCGUCCUGCCCCGCCCCUCGAUGCUGCCCAGAAGACAUACGGGCCCCUGCUCAGCUGCAUCUUUGGGAAGGACCGCAAGCUGGCCCCCGAGGAGCUGGAUGAGCUUCAGGCUGCCUUUGAGGAGUCUGACACUGAUCAUGACGGCUACAUCGGCUACCGGGAGCUGGGCGCCUGCAUGCGGACGCUGGGCUACAUGCCCACCGAGAUGGAGCUCAUCGAGGUCUCGCAGCUCGUCAAGAUGCGAAUGGGUGGACACGUGGACUUCGAGGAAUUUGUGGAACUGAUGGGCCCCAAGCUGAGGGAGGAGACGGCGCACAUGCUCGGGGUGCGGGAGCUGCGCAUCGCCUUCCGAGAGUUUGACAGGGACAGGGAUGGACGAAUCUCGGUGGCAGAGCUGCGACAGGCAGCGCCAGCUCUGCUGGGGGAGCCGCUGGUGGACCCUGAGCUGGAUGAGAUGUUCCGAGACGUGGACCUCAACGGGGACGGCUCGGUGGACUUUGACGAGUUUGUGAUGAUGCUUUUCCCCCGCUGA